GAUUACUCUCGUGCGAACUAGGAGCGACAUUUUGGUUAUUUCACAUUUGGAAUACAGCAGGCGUUUCCUGUGGAAGAAAUAGGUAAGUCGACAGAAAGUCGGUUUUUUUGGUCAUAGAAAUAAAAAUUAAAUAUUGCUGUAUUCUGCUUAUUGUGUAAUCUAACCAUAACAUAUCAAACUACAGUUUUAUUGGACCAUAUACACGUCCACUAGAAGCUAUCCAUCUGGUGCGUUCGUUGACCGUGCGGACGAUAUUCUGCUUCAGCGCUAGCCAUUAAAAGCGGCCUAAACGUGUUUUAUGAAUUUUCUUCACCAAAAAAGUAAGUUGAAAAAAUGUGACGUUAUUUAGGCGUGGUUUUUUUCAAAUGAUAAUGAUUUGCAUAAGAAAUUGCGCGACGCAUACGUGGGCGAAGAGCUAAUGAUUUAUUUUGCUUUCGUCUAGUAGAAAUUUCGCUGUGCAACAUACGAGCACGUAAACCGACGCUGAGAGGACGACCACCGACAAAAUCGUAUAUGAAUUCCUUUAGUCAUCGACAACGAAGUUGUAGUGGCAGAUAUUUAAGUAUUCUAUUCUUGCGUCAUAAAUCUAACAAACGACAAUGGCUCUCAACGUUAAUCGCGAAGUCACCGACCAAUAUUACCGCUAUAAAAUGCCUAGACUCAUAGCCAAGGUCGAAGGUAAAGGGAAUGGAAUCAAAACUGUUAUCGUCAAUAUGGUUGAUAUCGCAAAAGCCCUAGGACGACCGCCAACUUAUCCAACAAAGUUUUUUGGUUGUGAAUUAGGCGCUCAAACACAGUUUGAUCUUAAAAAUGACCGUUACAUCGUCAACGGAUCACAUGACGACGCUAAGCUACAAGAUCUUUUGGAUGUUUUUAUCAAGAAAUUCGUCCUCUGCACUGAAUGUGACAACCCUGAAACUCACUUAGCUGUCAAACAAAGGAAUGGUAUAAUUCAGCAACGCUGUAAAGCUUGUGGUCAUCAAACACUGGUUGAUAUGCGCCAUAAAUUGACCACUUUUAUCGUGAAAAAUCCUCCUGAAUCGAUCGAUGGGGCCAGUCCCAAUAAAAAAGUUAGCAAAAGUAAAGCAAAAGAUAACGAUCAAAGCGUAAAUGGAAAUUCAGCAAAUGAAGAAAAUGGAGCUGACGAUGAUGAUGACUGGGUAGAUGAUACAAGCGCAGAUGCUGUCGCCAAAAGAAUGAAAGAGCAGCUAUCUAUGGGUGCUCAAGGACUAACAAGUACCGCCGAUCUUGAUAAACCUGAACAAGACCGAAUUAAUAUAUUUUACAAUUUUGUAAAAACUCGCAGAGAUGAUGGUCAACUAAACGAAUGUAGUACUGCUGUUAUAACAAGCGUAUAUGCCGAGGCUCAGAGAUUGGAAAUUCUAGAUAAAGCUCCUCUCGUUUUAGUGGAGUUACUAUUUGACGAAAACAUUGCGAAGCAAAUUCCAAAAUAUCGAGCUCUGCUUCUUCGCUUCACUCAAGAAAAUACCAAAGCCCAACGUUACCUAUUAGGCGGGCUUGAGCAACUGAUUGGCAAAGUUCAUAGAGAAACUCUUUUACCAAAAGUCCUUUCCAUUUUUAAAACUGCUUAUGACACUGAUAUUUUGGAAGAAGAUACACUUCUUGAAUGGGAUCAGAAAAUCAGUAAGAAAUAUGUUGACAAAGAAACAUCCCAGCUUAUUCAUCAAAAAGCCAAACCUUUGAUUGACUGGCUAAAAUCCGCUUCAGAGGAGAGUGAUGAAGACGAAGAAGAUGUUCAAAUAGCUUUUACCAACGAAAAGCCUCAAGUUGAGAAAAGGCCAGAGCCCAUCAAAGUAAAGGAUGGCGAUAAAGAAAUUGACAUUGACGAUAUUUAA